GGGCAGGUGGGAAGCCAGACCGGGCGAAGUUUGGCCCCUGCGAGGCGGCGGCGGUGGCGGCGCGGCGGUGCCCGGCCCGGCCCGGCCCGGCUCCUUCCCUCGCUGUCCCUGCGCCGAAGCCGGGGCUGCCAUGGCUGCGGAGGACUCCGGCUCGCUGCCCUGGUCCAUCGACAAGGAUGACUACGAGCUGGAGGAGGUGAUCGGGAGCGGAGCAACGGCGGUGGUCCAAGCGGCCUACUGUACCCCAAAGAAGGAAAAAGUGGCAAUUAAACGGAUCAACCUUGAGAAAUGCCAGACCAGCAUGGAUGAGCUCCUGAAAGAAAUCCAAGCAAUGAGUCAGUGCCAUCAUCCAAAUAUCGUCUCUUACUAUACUUCUUUCGUGGUGAAAGAUGAACUUUGGUUAGUGAUGAAGCUCCUAAGUGGAGGUUCUGUUCUGGACGUGAUCAAGCACAUUGUAGCCAAAGGAGAACAUAGGAACGGAGUCCUGGAUGAGCCUGUAAUAGCCACAAUCCUCAAGGAGGUGUUGGAAGGAUUGGAGUACCUGCACAAAAACGGGCAAAUUCACAGGGAUGUGAAAGCUGGCAAUAUUCUUCUGGGAGAAGAUGGGUCAGUCCAGAUUGCCGAUUUCGGUGUAAGUGCUUUUUUAGCCACCGGUGGGGACAUUACACGAAACAAAGUGAGAAAAACCUUUGUGGGCACCCCUUGCUGGAUGGCUCCUGAAGUGAUGGAGCAGGUUCGGGGGUAUGAUUUCAAAGCAGAUAUUUGGAGUUUUGGAAUUACAGCAAUUGAGCUGGCUACGGGAGCUGCUCCUUAUCACAAAUACCCACCCAUGAAGGUCUUAAUGUUGACGCUACAGAAUGAUCCCCCCUCCCUGGAGACAGGAGUGCAAGAUAAAGAGAUGCUUAAAAAGUACGGAAAAUCAUUCAGGAAAAUGAUUUCAUUGUGCCUGCAGAAAGACCCAGAGAAAAGACCUACAGCAGCUGAACUCCUAAGACACAAGUUUUUCCAGAAAGCAAAGAAUAAAGAAUUUUUACAAGAAAAAAUGUUGCAGAGAGCCCCAACCAUCACUGAAAGAGCCAAGAAGGUCAGGAGGGUCCCUGGUUCCAGUGGACGACUUCAUAAGACAGAAGACGGGGGCUGGGAAUGGAGCGAUGAUGAACUAGAUGAAGAAAGCGAGGAGGGCAAAGCUGCGAUUUCACAGCUCAGGUCUCCCAGAGUGAAAGAAUCCGUACAGAAUUCUGAGCUGUUUCCAUCCGCUGAGCCAACCGGCCCUUUGUUCAGCCUCCAAGACCAGACUGCUGCUCAACUACCUCAGCCUGCAGGACAAGCUCCUGCACAACCUCCUGUUGCUGCCCCCGGUCCAACUACUCAAGCCCCUGCAGCAGCUCUUUUGGCAGCACAGGCACCUCCUGUCCCUACAGCACAAGAAGAACCCAAAAUUCCAAUAAGUCUCGUUCUAAGGUUAAGGAAUUCAAAAAAGGAGCUGAAUGACAUCCGAUUUGAAUUCACACCUGGAAGAGACACUGCAGAUGGGGUAUCACAAGAACUCAUCUCGGCUGGACUUGUGGAUGGCAGAGAUUUAGUAAUAGUUGCUGCCAACUUGCAAAAAAUUGUGGAAGAGCCUCAGACAAAUCGAUCUGUCACUUUCAAGCUGGCAUCAGGCGUUGAAGGUUCCGAAAUCCCUGAUGACGGCAAACUUAUUGGAUUUGCUCAGCUCAGCAUCAACUAAAACAACACUCCCAGCUUAUGGUCAUCCGUGGGUGCAACGUAUAAACACUUCCAUUGGCCAAAAAGCAAAAUCACUCCUGCCAAAGAACCAAAACUACAGGCCCUCUUUCUUAGAAGCUUUAACCUCAUUUGUUCCCAAGUAGCAUCAAGGAGCUCUACAAUACUACUGCCUUGGAGGCAUUUGGCUUCUCUUCCACCCACCCACUGUUUUUGCAUUUCCUGCCUCUCAAUUGUACUCCUUCCUCCCUCCCUCCCUGCAUGCUUGUAGUUAUUAUUGCCUUAACUCAGCUUUCCCCAACUGAGUGCCCAACAACUAGGCUGUACCUACAACCCCUGGCAUUUAUAGCCAGGAGGGCUGGGAAUUCCAGGGGUUGUCUUAUAGCCAGAGGGCAUCUGGUUGGGAAUGUCUGCCUUAAUUAUUUAAAAACAAAACAGAAGUAGAAAUAUUACUGCUGAGUAUGAAAGAGGGAUUUCACUGCUCUUAAUAGUUGCCAUGAUGCAAUGGGUUGGUUUGUGCUGAAUAGUUUUUGCGUGACCGCGUGGUUACUACUAAACAGGAAAGAUAUUUUGAUUUGUGGUCCAUCUAACAGGGCAGGUAUCUUAAGAAAAAACAAAAAACUUGGAGCUGUUGUAGAGUAUCAGAGUACAGGCUGAAUUUUCUAUGGAAAACUUAGUGAAGUCUUAAGUGAGUGAAAGCCCUUGGUUUAAGCAACCUUUACUAUAUUCAGGGCACAAAAGGGAUUGCUUGGCCUGAGGUAAGACUAGCCUUAAAUUUUUCCCCUUCCUUUUGAAUGCAAACACGUUACAGGUGGAGAAACAUCAGGAAGUGUUUCUGUGUAGCCAUGUCUCCUCCAUCCCCAAUUUGCUAUCUCACUGGGCCUUCUCCCCACUUGCCCCUGUGUUUGUAGAUUUCCAAGAUAGAUACAUUUGCUGAAACAUCCGGUGCCAAAUCUAUUUUGUACAUCAUAGUCUGAGCAGCUUUGACAACUGCAGGAUGGAUAGGUAGGAGCUCUUCUGGUGCAGGAUGCAGGGACCAGGUAUUGAAGAUGGGGAUUCCAUCAGGCCAAAGGGAGAAUGAUGGGUUUUGCGCAGCAUAUACACCAGAGGAUGCCCUGUUCCAAAAAUCCAUUUUGUGUAAUUUUCAUAAUCACAGUUUCAUUUUGGAAGUUGCUUAUGCUCAGUUACUUGUCUUGACAAAAAGAAGAGUGACAUGGCCACAUGAAUAUUCCUGAAUAUGGAACAGUUCUCAAAAAACAAAAUUUCGGACUUCAGUUUUAUCAUUUGGUUACUGGGCUUCUACUCUUCCACGAACGUCCCUCACUUAAAAAUCCCUUGAUGGAAAACCAUGAGAGAAAAUUCUGGUGUCUGCCCAUAACCCUGAAGUCAUUUCCAGUUUCCUUAAAAUUGUUACAUUCUGAUGAUGAAAUCCUGGGAAUUGUAGUUCUGCAGAGGAUCUAGGAUUAUGCAGCCUUUCUUGUGCUGACCGUUUGCAGAAGUAUCCUAAAAAUGCCAGAUCUUUGUCAGUCUACAUGUUUUUUUCACCCCAGGGUUGUCUUUGCAAUUGGUUUUUGGUGAAGGGAUUCCUGUGUAAGUAAGCUAUUGAGAUGGGGAUUGUCUUGCAAGUUUGCUAGAAGUGGUUGAAGUCCAUCAGGCAGCUGUGUGGUUUGAUGUGUGACCAUUCAUAAAACCAGAUGUCCUUCGCAUGUGGCUGUUAUGAACGAAAGUUGAUCAUGUGGUCUGGCAGUUGGAAGCUGUGUGUCUUUCUGCUACUGCAAAUGAUUUCCUGACUCCCAUUUCAUUCUCUGAAAAAACAUUUCAUUAAAAAUCCAUUUGCCUUUCUUACGUCCUUCUUCCUUCAUAGACCGGUACAUAUGAAACUGCCCCCGUUCAAUUUUUACAGCAAUAAAUGAAAUUGCCAAUAGAUACGUACAUGGCAAAUUGAUGCUCAGAGCACUUUUGUCUCUUUGCUGCACUGCUUGGAAUUUGCCAACAAUAGUUUUUUAUACCCUGCUCACAUAUCAAGAGUUUGGUCAACAUGGUAUAACUGAAGCCAAUAUAGCUCAUAUUUAGUGGGUUUUUUUUAAAGAAAUUAGUAUCUGGUGUGGUUUUUUUUCUUUCCAUUGUUUUGGAUUUUUGCCUAUAAAUUAUACAUUUAGUUUGAAAAAAACAAACACUUAUAAUGCACUAUGUGAAUAAUAAAAUGGGGUUGAUUCUUCCCAUCCUACAGCAGCCACCCCUCCCCCCCGGCUUUCAUGUAUCACUGCUUAGCUUUGAAGUAUUUUAUAAACUGACAUUGUUUUUGCCUUAAAAUUAAUUUGUAUAGCAAACAAAUGGAAUUAGGAUCUCAUUUCUGGUUUCAGUAGGUAGGGUAUAGGCCCAGUGGGGACAUUAUGAACUAUUGUAUAGCGUUCCUCUUCCUUCCUUUGUUUUAAUUACCAUGGUUGAACCACCAUGGCUUUUAAGCUUCCAAAGCUGGUUUGUAAGCUCAGAUUAAGGACAGUAAUAAAUAUCCUCACAAUGCCACGUUGUCAAAGAUUGGGAGGGGAGCAGUUAUACAAAUCUGUGUCCUACACUGGAUCUCCUAAGAUGGAUGGGGUUAGAUCCCCACACCAGCUCUUUUUGAGUAAGUGGAAAAUGUAGAAAUCGGGAUUCUCAAAUCUUCUGACGCAAUAAAUUCUCCUCUCCAAGCAGUUAUGGAAGCUUGA